AUGGGCACCGUAGAGGAUAAUUGCAGAGACGGUAAACAGUCCCUGGAAGCAGAACCUUUGUAUCAAGAAGACCUGUUAAAGCAGUCUACAUCAGAGUUUGAGUCGUGGAAUACGGAUACAGAAGAAACGGUCGAUGCUGAGGAACUGAAGACUACCGCUGGACACGUUCCAGAUGCAUUUGGUGUUCGAAGAUCAAAAAGGAUUGCGAAUAAGCUGGAAGAGCAUCACCUAUGUUGUGUAGUCUCGCAAGAUUUUCUUAAUGGCGAUUUACAAGAAGAAAUCUACAUGCGUCAGCCUGAAGGCUUCGAAGAUCAAUCAGGAAAAGUCUGUCGCCUCAAUAAAUCGCUCUACGGGCUUAAGCAGGCAAGCAGAGUCUGGAAUGAAAUGCUGAACAAGGUUCUACUAGGCUACUACCAUUACGUAACUGGAUCCACCAUGGUAUAUGUGGCAGUAUAUGUUGACGAUAUAUUAAUUUUCAGCAACAACAAACAAAUGGUAGCUAUAAUCAAGGGCGAGCUAUCGCAGAAAUUUAACAUGAAAGAUAUGGGCGAAGUUUCGUCGAUUUUGGGCAUGCGUGUUCGACACAAUAAGACCGAAGGCACAAUAAAAAUUGAUCAAUCUAAUUAUAUUGCAGGAAUUCUAAAAAGAUUCGGAAUGGAUGAUUGCAAAGCAGUGUCAACGCCGGUGGAUGUCGCACAAAGUCUUUCAGCUGACAUGGGGCAUCAGUCUGAAGCCGACAUUGAAGAUAUGAAGAAGGUUCCGUACCUAGAGGCUAUUGGUUGCCUACUAUAUGCUGCCCAGAACACUCGUCCUGACAAAAGUUUUGCUGUCAACAUGUUGAGUCGCUUCUCUUCCAAUCCAGGAAACGUUCACACCACAAUAUUAUAUCUGCCAGAUAUUCAAUUAAGGGGCCGAGAGUUACGUGAAAUCGGAGACAAACAAGAAAAAGAGAUACAAACAAGGGAAAUAUUAAAGCGAGAGCAAUCACAAGCUAGUCGAUUGGCUUCUAGCUUUGUAGAACAUCUUGAUGGUCAUCAGCUUUAUGACUCGUUAUGGCGGGGAGAUGAUGAUGGCAGAAUUUUGAUGCUUAUUGGUUCUCAAGCCCAAGAUUUAGCAGAAGAAUAUGAUAAAGAUAUAUUUGAAAUAACACAAGAAAUAUACAAGCUUGGUAUGGAUCGAUUUGUUGAACGAGAAAAGGAAAUUCAGGAUUUCAUGGAAAAUCUUUAUAAUGGCCAAGAAGAAUUACAGGCAAUGGGACAAAAAGAAAUAGAAGAUUUUUUACAAUUUAAGGAUCGAAUUUUUGAAGAUGCUCGCCUUACUCACCGACAAUUAGAACAAAAUUCUAUGCACGGAGAGGAUGAUGACUCUCCAGAAAAUCUUAAGCUUUCAGAUAUUAUUGACAAGCUAAAUAUACAAUUUGAAGAUUGUAUGAAUGACAUGUGGCAGACAUUAAUGCUACAGGAACUACACUUGCAUGAGGCAAUAGAGGAGUCGACAACGAAUUUUCACCGUAGGUUAUCAGAGCUUAUGUCAAAAUUUGUAGAACAAACUCAAGCAUUUUUUGUACAAUUGCGUGAAAUAGCUGGCCAUUUUUCAGAAAACAUGACUGAAAUUGUUACGAGAUUUAUAUCUACAAAGCUUGCCCUACAAGAUUUUGAGGAUGUGCCCAUAGAACUUAGAGUCUUCAUGGACGACCGUGAUGCAAUUUUAAAUCUCAUCGCCGGAAUGAAAGAUUCGCACACGUUAAGAAUUGAUGAACGUGAGGAUCGUAUGGCCACACGUAGCAAAGACUUUAUUGACAACAUGGUUGAUAACUUAUACAUGUAA